CAUAAACAAAGGAAAAUAUUGAUAAUGGUAUAGCAGAGUGCUACAACAGUUUGCUAUAAUUUGUUUUAAAUAAAAUAAAUGUUCAAUAUGAACUUAAAUAAAAGUCACCACAAUCAAUUGGAAUUAUGUACGAGCAGGCCGGCCUACAGACAAGGACGAAAAUUAACUGCAGUCAAGGUGUAUACAAUUAACCAGGAAUCACAACAUCUCUACAUCUAUGGUGUACCUUCACUCAAAUUACACCAUGAGUUAAAAACUAGAUGUCUCAGAUAUGGAAGAGUGGCAUCUAUAGCUGUAGUAGAAGAUACGAACAAUGUUCCCUUUACUGAAUGUUACCAUAUUGAGUAUAGCAGAAUACAAUCAGCAAGGAUAGCUAAAAGGCUAUUAGAUGCUACAUCUUUUUAUGGUGGGAUUCUACAUGUGUGUUAUGCACCGGAGUGUGAAACAGUUUCACAAACAAAAGCCAAAUUGUUACAGAGGAAAAAGGAUGUCCUAUUGAGGUUACCAAAAAGUGAGAACGAGACAACAUGAUUAGAACUUUUUGUCACAUUGCAAAUAUAUGAAGGGAUACAAGAGCAUUGAUUUUAACAUACAGAGAUUGAUUAAUAAAUAAUGUUCUGAGUUUGAUAUAUUUUAGAACACUAGUGUUAGAACUUAGGUAACUUCUUCAGGAGUGUAAUGUGAAAAUAGGCUUUUGGUAACUCCAGUUAAUUUAAUUUACCAAGAGAUAGAAACAAAGGACCAAGCUGAUUUAAAUACAUGAGCUACCUAGUCUGCAUUCCUAAUUUCUUUCCUAAAAACUCACAAAGUUCUGACUUAUAUUUUAAUUGGAUGCCAAUCUACUGUAAGAUUUAUUAAAGAAUUUAAUAUAUAAAUUGUAUGUAACUAAAAUGAAUAAAUUUUAUUUAGUUUGUA